AAUAUAUGAAGUUUAUUUUCUAGGUUUGAUUUACCAAAACGUAAACAAUACUUGGUAAAUAAUCAAGAUGAGCCUACCGGCUGCAUUACUACAACGCUUAAAAAAACGUGGACUUGUUACUAAACAAACGGGAACCACACCGAUUUCAGAAGCUAUAGAAGAAAUUAUUGCCGAAAACUACGACGACGAUGACAAAAGCGGUCCAUACCCAUACAAAGAGGAUAUAUUACCGGAACCAAAGCGUAGAAACAAUGAAGAACAAUUCUGGUCGCACCGUAUCAAGGAACGAAUCGGCGUGAAUGAGUCGUAUCAUGGAUAUAAGCUAUGUCCCAACAAGUAUAACAUAUACCAUAAGUGCUCCUUAUACUGCGUGAAUAAGUUCAACAGCUCUCCGCAUUCGCAUCCGAGUCAUAAGUAUAUGAAGCGCUACAAGAGACUGCUCCGGAAGUAUCCCUUGGAGACGGGAUGGAAAGAUGUUUACGAUAAGGGCUGCAAGGCAUAUUAUUUUUACAAUUCGACCACUCAAACCGUUUCGUGGUUACCACCAGCCCAUCCGAAAGCCCGGAUUACAAACAGUGCCGCCGUAUUUCGCAGGCAACUGGCCAAUUCCAAUGACGAGUUCACUUUCGACACCACCAACUUGGUCCUGCCCAAGUCUUCUGGUCUGAAUGAACCCAGUGAACCUGAAAAUGCAUUCAGUUCAUCUGUUUACGUACCUCCCAAGAAGCAAAAGUCAAGAGACUUGGAUCGAAAACUUCAACGACGACGUCGUAAUGAUAAUUAGCAGCGUAAUUAAACUGAAAUAUUGCGCUCCGAGUAAGGAAAUUCUAUGAUUUUUAAUAUACACAAAAAAUUAAGGUUUAAAAAUGUA